UUUUGGGCGGCUCUUGAUGACGUAGACGUGGCUGGGAGACGGACUCUUUGGCUAAACAACAAGCUCGCGAUCAAAACAAAUCUGCAGCAUCAACUCAGCGCGACGACCGCGCCCUUGGGAAAAAGAAGAAUAAAAGACAUUUUGCAGUCCCUCAGGUUGCCGUGACGAUGAUCGGCAAGCUCAUUUCUCAGCUGCUCGGCGGCGGCGAAUGCGAGGAGGGCCGGGACGCUCUGGAGGAAGUGCUGGAGUUUGAAGAGGGAGGCUGGGUCAUCGUCAGUCUGCCAGGUGACAAUCGCAAACGCGCGCGCGCACCUGAAUGCGAUCCAGGAAGACACACGUGGGUUUUGUGCGUGGUAGACGUGGGGCCCGUCCUGUCCCCCGAGGCGCCGGACCCACUGGAGGACCCCCGGAUCCAACAUCCCGGCAUGUCCGUCUAUCAGAUGAAACGCCGGCUGAGCGGAGGAGCCGAGGAGGACCGAGAAGACGAGGGAGAAGAAGGUUCGGAUGAAGAUGAGGAAAACGCUUCUUCCAGGCCGGUCACGUCAUCGUCUUUGGCGGUCCCGCGUCGUCGGGUCUCGUGGCGUCUGGCGGCGUGGGGUGUCCCGCUGCCCGCCGACGGCCUUCCGCUGGCGUCCGGCAGGGGCGCGACGGCGGCGGCUGAGCGCAGGAAGCUGAGCCGGGGCGCCCUGCUCAGGCAAAACCUGGCGGUUAAGACACGGCGCUCGCCGGCGGCCGAGCGCCGCGUCAAGCAGCCCAGCCAACGCCCGUACAACUAUUGAACAGGCUGCCCUUGAUGAUGAUGA